AAUUUCUAUGAUGCCAUCGCUGAGCCAAGCACAUGUUAAUCUUCACCAAAGCAUCAGCCCAACAAGCGGAAGUGCCUACGGGAUCCAUUUGGGCGCAUAGGUGACACUUGAUAACGAAUUCCACUCACUGUGGGCUGGCCAUGUCUGACAACAACGCCAAGACCCAAGUCAUAGAGCCCCGGCUGUAUAAGAAGGCAGACUCUCUGUCUGAACCGCCCCGACCCAACAUCAACAUCACUCCAAGAACGUAUAUCUCUCACCUCUUCCUACCAACGAUUCUACCAACAGCAACAAUGAGCUUCAAGACUACGAUCACUAAGCUUUUCUCAACCAAGUCCGAUGCCAAAUCCGUCACAUCCGUCGAAACCAUCAGCCUGAAGAGCACUGCAAGCACAAUCUCUGGUGUUGGACACCAAGACACACGUAACACCCCGCUUCUGUCGGCAUCAAAGGGCGGGCGCGCCAGAGGACGCACUGAGCUACCUGCUCAGCGGCAAAACCCAGAUGGUAUCUGCCGCCACCCUGAACCCGCCGAGCAUGUAAACGCAUACAUCUUUUACUGCCGACCCUUUCUCUGCCUGUAUAGAAUUUCGCUUUUCUCAUAAAUUGACAUCAACAUCCUUGUUGCUCAAAUUGCCGACUUUUGAAUUAGGUAAACCCGGGCUGUCUAAACAUGUUGAGGGAGGCGGAAUCGGGAUGUCUUGUGCCAU